GGUGCCCGCCUCCCUCCUUCUCCGACUGUCUCCCCACACGCCGGCUGAGAGCCCUUUUUGACUGCGAGCGGCGGCAGCGGAGCAGAGGCGGCGGCGCGGGACCUGCAGUCGCCCGGGAUUCCCUCCAGGUGACGAUGCUCUGGUUCUCCGGCGUCGGCGCUCUGGCUGAGCGUCCCUGCCGGCGCUCGCCUGGGAUUACCUGCUGCGUCUUGCUGCUGCUCAAUUGCUCGGGGGUCCCCAUGUCUCUGGCUUCCUCCUUUUUGACAGGUUCUGUUGCAAAAUGUGAAAAUGAAGGAGAAGUCCUCCAGAUUCCAUUUAUCACGGACAACCCUUGCAUAAUGUGUAUCUGCUUGAACAAGGAAGUGACAUGUAAGAGAGAGAAGUGCCCCGUGCUGUCCCGAGACUGCGCCCUGGCCAUCAAGCAGAGGGGAGCCUGUUGUGAGCAGUGCAAAGGCUGCACCUAUGAAGGAAAUACCUAUAACAGCUCCUUCAAAUGGCAGAGCCCGGCUGAGCCUUGUGUUCUACGCCAGUGCCAGGAGGGCGUUGUCACAGAGUCUGAGGUACGCUGUGUGGUACAUUGUCAAAACCCUUUGAAGCAUCUGGGAACGUGCUGCCCCACGUGUCCAGGGUGUACGUUUGAGGGUGUUCAGUAUCAAGAAGGAGAGGAAUUUCGCCCGGAAGGAAGCCAAUGUACCAAGUGUUCCUGCACUGGAGGCAGGACACAAUGUGUGAGAGAAGUCUGUCCCAUUCUCUCCUGUCCCCAGCACCUUAGUCACAUACCCCCAGGACAGUGCUGCCCCAAGUGUUUGGGUCAGAGGAAAGUGUUUGACCUUCCUUUUGGGAGCUGCCUCUUUCGAAGUGAUGUUUAUGACAAUGGAUCCUCAUUUCUCUAUGAUAACUGCACAGUUUGCACUUGCAGGGACUCUACUGUGGUUUGCAAGAAGAAGUGCUCCCACCCUGGUGGCUGUGACCAAGGCAAGGAGGGCUGUUGUGAAGAGUGCCUCCUACGAGUGCCCCCAGAAGACAUCAAAGUGUGCAAAUUUGGCAACAAGAUUUUCCGGGAUGGAGAGAUGUGGUCCUCUAUCAAUUGUACCAUCUGUGCUUGUGUGAAAGGCAAGACGGAGUGUCGCAACAAGCAGUGCAUUCCCAUCAGUAGCUGCCCACAGGGCAAAAUUCUCAACAGAAAAGGAUGCUGUCCUAUUUGCACUGAAAAGCCCGGCGUUUGCACGGUGUUUGGCGAUCCCCACUACAACACUUUUGACGGUCGGACAUUUAACUUUCAGGGGACGUGUCAGUACGUUUUGACAAAAGACUGCUCCUCCCCUGCCUCGCCCUUCCAGGUGCUGGUGAAGAACGAUGCCCGCCGGACGCGCUCCUUCUCGUGGACCAAGUCGGUGGAGCUGGUGCUGGGCGAAAGCAGGGUCAGCUUGCAGCAGCACCUCACCGUGCGGUGGAACGGCUCGCGCAUCGCGCUCCCCUGCCGCACGCCGCAGUUCCACAUCGACCUGGAUGGCUACCUCUUGAAAGUGACCACCAAAGCAGGCUUGGAAAUAUCUUGGGAUGGAGACAGUUUUGUAGAAGUCAUGGCUGCCCCGCAGCUCAAGGGCAAGCUCUGUGGUCUUUGUGGCAACUACAAUGGACAUAAACGUGAUGACUUAAUUGGUGGAGACGGAAACUUCAAGUUUGAUGUGGAUGACUUUGCUGAGUCUUGGAGAGUGGAGUCCAAUGAGUUCUGCAACAGACCUCAGAGAAAGCCAGUGCCUGAGCUGUGUCAAGGGACGGUGAAGGUAAAGCUCCGGGCCCAUCGAGAAUGCCAGAAGCUCAAAUUCUGGGAGUUUCAGACCUGCCACUCAACUGUGGACUAUGCCACUUUCUACCGGUCCUGUGUGACAGACAUGUGUGAAUGUCCAGUCCAUAAAAACUGUUACUGUGAGUCAUUCCUGGCAUACACCCGGGCCUGCCAAAGAGAGGGCAUCAAAGUCCACUGGGAGCCUCAGCAGAAUUGUGCAGCCACGCAGUGUAAGCAUGGUGCUGUGUACGAUACCUGUGGCCCAGGAUGUGUCAAGACCUGUGACAACUGGAAUGAAAUUGGUCCUUGCAACAAGCCGUGCGUUGCCGGUUGCCACUGUCCAGCAAACUUGGUCCUUCACAAAGGCAGGUGCAUCAAGCCAGUCCUUUGUCCCCAGCGGUGACCUUUGUUUUGAUCCUUAAGACUUUGAAACCUGGUGACUUUGACACUGAAGCGGAAGAGCCAAUGAAGGACUGCAGUAUUUGUGUGCCUGAUUCUGUCAACACACACACACACACACACACACACACACACACAC